AAAAUCGAAAUCGAAAUCGAAAUCGAAAUCGAAAUCGAAAUCGAAAUCCCUCGCUCUCUCCAAAAUGGAAAUCUCUCGCCUCUCUGUCUUCCCUGUAAUUGUUUUGUGCCUUUGCCUCUCUGUCCAUAAUUUUGACUGGAGUGAACUGUAAAAGCCGUCUCACCUCUGUCUCUCUUUUCACAACCACAAAUAAGUUUUUCUUAUAGACUCUUGGCCAUCAUUGGAUUUUCUCUACUUCAAUUUCUAUAAUCAGGACUCUGCUUCCUGUCUCUACUGUUUCAUAUCUUAAAUCCUUGAAUCUCUUUUUUGCAAAUUCAAGCUUGAUCAAAGAUCAAAAUUUGAGAAUUGAUGGCUGAAAACAUGGGAAACAAGGAUGACUCUUCAUCUUCAUCUUCAUCUGAGAUAGAGAGAGAAAGAGCAGUUCGAUUGCAAGAGCUUGAGAGAGAAAGAGCGGGACGAUCGUUAGGGCAAUCGGUAAUACCUAUCGUGAACAAAUUGCAGGACAUAUUUGCUCAAUUAGGAGGGAAUUCAACCAUUGAUCUUCCUCAAGUUGCAGUGGUUGGAAGCCAGAGCAGCGGGAAGUCGAGUGUUUUGGAAGCCCUAGUUGGAAGGGACUUUUUACCGAGAGGCAACGAAAUAUGCACUCGAAGGCCCUUGGUGUUGCAGCUUGUUCACAAUAUUAAGGAUUCACAGGAAUGGGGCGAGUUUUUGCACCUUCCUAAAAAGCAAUUCUAUGAUUUCUCAGAGAUUCGACGAGAAAUUGAGGCUGAGACUGAUAGGGAAGUGGGUGCAAAUAAAGGUGUUUCAGAUAAACAGAUACGCCUUAAGGUGUUCUCCCCAAAUGUCCUUAACAUAACUUUAGUGGACUUGCCUGGUAUUACAAAGGUCCCAGUUGGUGAUCAGCCAAGCGACAUUGAGGCCCAAAUAAGAACUAUGAUACAGUCUUAUAUCAAGCAUGAAACUUGUAUAAUUUUGGCAGUUAGCCCUGCAAAUUCUGAUCUGGCUACUUCAGAUGCUCUUCAGAUGGCAAGCAUUGUUGAUCCUGAUGGUUCUCGAACAAUUGGUGUGAUCACAAAGCUGGAUAUCAUGGAUAGGGGUACUGAUGCAUGCAGGUUUUUGCUCGGAAAGGUUGUUCCCCUUCGCUUGGGGUACAUUGGUGUCGUAAAUCGUAGUCAGGAGGACAUUGCUCAUAACCGAACUAUUGCAGAAGCACUUGCACAUGAGGAGAAUUUCUUCAGGAGUCAUCCUGUCUAUCAUGGUCUUUCUGAUCGUUGUGGUAUCCCACAACUGGCAAAGAAGUUGAAUCAGAUUCUUGUGCAACAUAUUAGAAUGGUUAUUCCUGGACUGAAGGCUCGGUUAACUGCUCAAAUGGUUGCUGUUGGCAAAGAGCUUAACACUUUAGGAGAAAUUACUGAGUCCAAAGCUAGCCAAGGAGCUUUUUUGCUGAAUAUUCUUACUAAAUACUGUGAAGCUUUUGCAGCGAUGGUGGAGGGGAAAAAUGAAGAGAUGUCCACAACGGCACUUUCAGGGGGUGCCAGGAUUCAUUACAUUUUUCAGUCUAUAUUUGUGAAAUGCUUAGAGGAAGUGGAUCCUUGUGAUGAUUUGUCUGAUGAAGAAAUCCAAACAGCUAUUCAGAAUGCCACUGGUUCGAAGAAUGCUUUGUUUGUGCCAGAGGUUCCUUUUGAGGUUUUGGUGAGAAGGCAGAUUGCUCGUCUUCAGGACCCAAGCCUUCAAUGUGCACGAUUCAUUUAUGAUGAGCUAAUAAAGGUAGAGAGAGUUGGCCUUUUCCUUGGUGAAGUUAUUCCAUGGGACUCCCAGUUUUUAUCUAAACAUCAUGGAAAGUCAAAUCUAAACAGGGCAUUUCUCAUUUUACUUCAGAUGAGCCACUUUUGUCAAACUAAUGAGCUGCAAAGUUUUCCUGUUCUGAGAAGGCGUGUAGAGGAAGUUAUGGGUAACUUCCUACGUGAAGGCAUGGCACCUUCUGAAGAAAUGAUAAAGCACAUUAUUGCGAUGGAGAUGGAUUAUAUAAAUACCUCGCAUCCAAAUUUUAUCGGUGGAAACAAAGCAGUAGAACUUGCAAUGGAUCAGGUGAAGGGUUCGAAGUUGGCUAAUUCUGUGAUCAAGCCAAAGGAAGGUGCAGGUGCUGACAAAGUACUUGUAUCGGAAAGGACUCAGAAAUCUAGGGCAUUUCUUGCAAGAAGUACAGCAAAUGGGGUUGUUACAGAUCCAGGCAUUCGUCCAGUUGUCAACAAUGAUAGACCUGCGCCAGCAAGCAAUUCAAGUAGUUUAAGCUGGGGCAUUUCAUCAAUAUUUGGAGGUGGUGAGCACCGGGCAUAUGCAAAAGAGGGCCCCUCAACAAGCAAACCUUUUAAUGAACCUGUUCGUCAUAUGGAGCAUUCUUUCUCUUUGAUUCAAUUAAGAGAGCCACCUGCUGUUCUCAGGCCUUCAGAAGCCACAGAGCAGGAAGCUAUUGAGAUAGAAGUGACCAAGAUGUUGCUGAAAUCCUAUUAUGAUAUAGUGAGGAAGAAUGUUCAGGACGCUGUGCCUAAAGCAAUAAUGCACUUUCUGGUUAAUCAUGUCAAGAGAGAGCUCCAUAAUGUAUUCAUAAGGAAGUUAUACAGGGAGAAUCUCUUUGAAGAACUGCUACAAGAGUACGAAGAAGUGGCAUCCAAGCGGAAACGGUGUCGAGAGUUACUACAUGUUCUACAGCAGGCGGUUUGGACAUUAGAAGUAUUACCACUCGAGGCCGAGAUGGUCACAAGAGAUGCAAGCACUGAUGCCACUGGUUUACCAAAGGGACAGGAUCUUUUGCCGUCUUUUUCCUCAUCCCAAAAUGGAGAUUUUGUGUGGUCUUCUUCAGCUUCUUCUAGGAAUCCGAGGUCUAAAAAAUCUUCUUACUCAGGGGAGCUGUUCUCACCUCAUAACCCAAUCAAUAGCAUUCCAGCCAGGUACCCUACAAUUGAGGUGUAGGCUCUCUUUCUCUCUCUAGGAAAAAGAGAAAGGGACCUUAUGACACCCACUCUUGUAAGUUCUCUCUCAUGCCACACCAAAUUUCAUUCAGUUUUAUUUUACCUUAAUUAUCAAAUAUGAAGAGACCAAACCCAUUUCACCCACUUUUGUAAUGGUGAAUAUGGCGAAUGUAAAUCGAGUUUGUGUUCGUUUUUGGGGAAAUCUAUGAUGGUUAAAUAGAGUAACAAAUAUAUUUAUAUUCUUUUUCUCAAUAAGAAGCCUUCGAAUGCAAAGGUGAAGGCACUAACUGUAAGGGCUACUGUUCAUAUCUUACGUUAUGUGCCCAUCUUGGCUCAA